CAUUUCUUGUUUUUUGAAAAACCUCUUAUCUCUCUCUCUCUGCCUGCCUGUCCCCCUCUCUCUCUUUAUUUGUCUAUCUAAAAAGAAAAAAAGAAAGAAAGAAGGGAAAAACCUUAGCAACGCAGUAGAAGUCAGCAGGAAGUGAACGGCGGCCGCUUUAUUUCUUGGCCGCUUUUUUAAUUUUAUUUUGAGGUUGGAACCUUGUUUCUAUUCCGACCGACCGCUCGAAAAACCUGUCUUUUUUUUUUUUUUAGUUUUUCCCUCCAAAAAAAAAACAAAAAAAACAACCCAAAAACCAUUUUUUUCCUCCAAGAUGCCGCUGUUGAGAAGGCAGCCUUUUCUGAAACAAAAGCCACCGCCAGAUCUUGAUCCCGAUGAGGAAGUUUUCCAUUGUAAAUUAACAAACGAAAUAUUUCGUGAUUACGAGGAGUUUUUUGAGCGAAUAAUAUUGUGCAACAGUCUUCUUUGGUCGUGUGAAAUAACAGGAAAAUGGGGAUUAACCUACCAAGAAGCAGUGGAAACGGAAGAGCGAGCAAGAAGACACUUAGCUACAUUCCCUGAUUACCUUCAGCGGCCAAUUCUCUAUUUGGCAAACCUGACCCAUCGCAGUCGGUUAGCUGGCAUGAACGACGAUGUGUUCGUUUUUGCAAAAGAUCGUUACUUCAUUGGAGAAAUAGUUGAUGUGGUUCACGAAGGAAUACGCAAACCGUACAAAAUAGUGUGUAUCAUACCACCAACAGAAGAACAAAUCCAGAAACAUGCCAUUAAUGGCGAUGUAGAAGAUGGAACAGAAGAUGGGAUAGGGAACGAGAAGAGUCAGAACCAGGGACUUGAUCCAACAUUAUACACAUACGUUGUUAAAGACACGAUGUCAGACGAAACACUCACUGUGAAAACUGUACAGAUCAGUCGUAAAAAAGGACUCUAUACCAGGGACAAAAGUAAAUUAUUCUUAAAACAGAAUUGUUACGUCGUUGACGGCGUAUGGACAGUAAAGGAUAGCAUAAUAAAAUCAUUAAAGUUGACAGAGUUACGCUUUGAGAGCUUUUUUGCUGGCCCCAAACCUUUGUUUGCUGUGUCGCAAGCCAAGAGGAAGAAGAACUCCUAUUUGAAUCCGAAUUUAAAUGUCAUGUCCCAGAGUCCUUCAGACAACAGUAUGAACGACUACACAAUGCGAGGCAACGACGCUAAGAAGAACAAUAACUUAGCAGAUAAAAACAAACAAUUGAAGGCGAUUGAAGAUGAAAAGAUGGCAUUCAUGCGCAUGAGUCCUGAGGAACGUGAAGCUUUUAAGGAGAGAGUGAAACAGGAAAAGAUUGCUGAACGUAACGCACGUAGGGAGGAGAUAAAGAGACGACUUGAUGAGGAGAAAGAGAAGAGAAGAUUAGAGAGAGAAAGGGAAAGGGAUAAGAAAAGAGAAGAGAAACGUAUCCAGGCUGAAUAUUUAAAAGAAUGGAGCCGACCUCGUGACGAUUUGGAAUGUGAAGAUCUCAAGUCGUUACCAGAGCUCUUACCUGUACAAACAAGACUACCACAAGAACUGUUUGGUGAUGCAUUGAUGGUGCUAGAAUUUAUCCAUACAUUCCAAAGUUUGUUUGAUUUAAAUGAAUAUUUCCCUUCCGGAAUGACCUUAGAGGUUUUGGAGGAAGCUUUACUGGAUAAUGAUGUGAAUGGGCCACUCACCGAUCUCCUACUUAUGUUGCUGGUUGCCAUUUUUUAUCUGCAAGAGUCUGAGGAAGAGGAAGAAGACCCUGAUUUAAGUAAAGGAAAGACUAACAUACCUGAUUUCAGUGAAGAAAUGUGUUAUUCAGAUCGUUCAACAAUGGCUAAUUUAUUAAAGAAUUCUGCAAUUAUGGCACAGUACCCUAUGUUAACCCAUGGAACCCCUUUGAGGAACUUGCAGUUGGACAGUUUUACUUUGACUGAGAUUUUGCGCUUACAUUUAAUAUCGUCAGCUGCCAAAGCGAAUGCAAACAAUGUCAAAUUCCGGUACCAACAAAGAGGUGGUUACACAGCAAUGGAUGAUGCUGGUAUUCACCUUUGCAAAGAACUUCCUGAACUUAUGAAAAGUCUCAGCGAAGACAACAUAUUUGAUAUGCCACCAGAGAGCAAGUUGAAGACUUUGUCGACGCUUGUGCACCAGUUUCUCACCUAUGCAGCUUCCCGGGAUUUGGUUGAGGACAACUUUGAGAGAUUACGACAGUUGAAGAUGGAUUUAAAACAGUUACAGUGGUCAGAGUUGAGGAGAGAACGAGAAGAAGCUACUGCAAGAUACAAGCGUAGUGUAGAAGAAAGACUUCGUGAACGGAAGCAACUCGAAAUGAAGAUAGCAAACGAAGCACUAAGACAAGCCGGGGUUGAGGUAAACAACGGCAUUACUGAGGAGAAAGAAAAACCUGAUAAAAAGACGUCACGCAGUCGCCUUGUACAAAUCGACAAAUUCAAUAAGCUCGAAGACCUCGAGAAAAUCAAUGAACAGGAACUAACACCUGAAGAAAAGGAUGCUUACUGGCAGAAACGGGAACAGCUCGAUGCCAAGAAAAAGAGCGAAAACUUGGAGAAGGAGAAAGACUUUCUAAAUUCAAUUGCUAAACUCCAGCAGGGCAAUGCUGUAUACCCUCUCGGUCGUGACCGCAUGUACCGGCGUUACUGGACCUUCAGCUCAUUACCAGGACUGUUCGUCGAGGACAACGACGAAACGGUCCCAUCAGAAUUGCUGCCCAAUUCUAAAAAUGACGACGACGAUGAUGAUGAUGUAGAUGAUGAGAAAGAUAAGGAGGAAGAUGGUGGUGUGGAGAAGGAAGGUGACGAGGAGAAGGAAGGUGGUGGGGAGAAAGGAGGUGAUGGAGAGAAAGGGGGUGAUGGGGAGAAAGGAGGUGAUGGGGAGAAAGAGGUUGAUGGUGAGAAAAAGGGUAACGGAGAGAAGGAGGGCGAUAGCAAAGAAGGAGGAAACAAGGCAACAGAAGAGGGGACGACUAAGCAUGAGUCUGAGACUCCCAGUCCUGAAACUACUAAAACUGAACCGAUGGAAACAGACAAACAGGAAGCCCCUUCAGAGAAAAAGGGUAGCAACGGGGUGAUAGAUUUGACUGACAUGACUGAUGACAGCAUGGACAAAUCUGAGGAGGACGAUGACGAAGAGUAUGAUGACGAUGACGACGAGGACGAAGAUGAAAGACCCGCGUAUUUGGACAGUGAGUUUGUACAAAAAAUUAUAAACAGAGAACGUGUUCAUUGGACGUACAUAAAGUCGCCCGAACAGUUCAACCAACUUAUGGAUUCUUUAAAUUCUCGUGGCUUCCGAGAGGGACUCCUGAAACAGAUCCUGCUGGAAAACAGCGAUCGGAUUCAGGAAUCGAUUGGCAAUUGUCCUUUUGAAGAUCCGGAGGAUGUAGAGCAGAGGAUGAAAAAAGAUAAAAGCAAAAAUGGCAGUAAGGACUCUGAGGAGACGAGCAGCGCCAAAGAAAUCCUGGAGUUGAACUUGCGGGAUUUACUUUUGGAUUUAGAGGAGAGAAUAUAUGUUGGCGGUCUUGGAUCCGUGAAGGUAAAAGAUCGUCUCCAGUGGCGUGCUAAGGUGGAAGGUAACUUAAAGAGCGAGAAACCUGCGCCGGAUCAGGAAAGUGGUGGAGAAAGUGGUGAUGGAAACAUUGAUAAUGUCGUUAAAAGUCUCGCGAAGGCUUUGCUGCAGAUAGCUCAUGGUGUUGAGUCGCGUUACAUGCGAGAGCCGUUUGGUGACUCUGAGGAACUUCGGAAAUCUCGACUGAAAUUGGAGAGUAUCAAAGAGCAGAAGAAUAAGAAGAAAGACAAAGACGAGAAAGCAGAUAAGAGUGAAGACAGUGACGAGAAUGAGGAAAAAGUUGAAGUCACUCCAAAGUCGAAGAGUAAAAAGAGUGUGUUUGAACGAUGGGAAGAAUCUUUAUGUAAUUGCACCAGUUUUCCUCAAAUCUUCCUGCAUUUGUCUUCCUUGGAGAAAAGUAUCAUUUGGUCGAAAUCAGCAUUGCAUGCUCGUUGUCGAAUCUGUCGGCGCAAAGGUGAUGGCGAACACAUGCUUCUAUGUGAUGGUUGUGACAGAGGACAUCAUAUGUACUGUCUGAAGCCUCCAGUUAAGACUGUUCCCGACGGUGACUGGUUUUGUCCCAAUUGUAAACCUAAAGAAGCUCGCCCAUCGCCUCGCAAAGGUCAGCGACACAUGUACGUGGUGGAUUCUGAGGAAUCUGAAGAGGACGACGAGGAAGAAGGUGAUUCCAAUGAAGAAGAGGAGGAGGAAGAGGAAAACGAAGACAGUGAAAAUCAAGACAGCAGCUCUGACAGUGCUGAGCAAUAUCAAGCACGUAAAAAGGAAUCGAGGACAGAUAAUGCUUGCGUUGUUUGUGGACGUCGUGGUGCCUUGGUUAUCUGUGAUAAGUGCCCGAAUGUAUACCAUUUAUCAUGUGCUAAUCCACCUCUCAAGAAAGUUCCAAGAACCAAAUGGUUGUGUGGAAGUUGUUCAGGAUUAGACAAAAAGAGUAAAAGAAAUUCCAGUGGGAGAGGUUCUAGUCAUUCUGUAUCCAAGAAGGACAGUCCGAGGAACAGUCCACUAAAUGCUCGUUCAAGGAAGAGGGCGAGAUCAGAAUCUGACGAGGACGUUGCACCGAAACGCUCUCGACAUGCAGCAAAGGGAAAGACGUCUUCACUUGCAGAAACAGAAGAGUCUGACAUAAAACAUUACGUCAGUAGUUACCGAGGCAACAGUAAGGAGUACCAAUUGAAGGCCUGUGAGGAUCUUAUAAACGAUUUGAUGAAACACGAAGAUUCUUGGCCAUUUUUGCGGCCAGUCAGUAAAAAAAUGGUACCUGAUUACUAUGACAUUAUCAAACAUCCUAUGGAUUUCUCCACCAUUCGCAACCGGAUUCACAAAUAUCAAUACACAGAACCCAUAGCUCUCCUCAAAGACACUCGCUUAAUAUUCAGUAAUUGCAAAGAGUACAACAAAAAGUCUGCCCCAGAGUUCAAAGCUGGUGCCAGUUUGUCGACCUAUUUUGAGAAGCAAGUGAAAGAUUUACAGCUGGAGGAUAGCGAACAUGCUUCGCCGAGCAGCAGUUCGCAGACAGACUCUGGGAAAUCCAACACAAAGAAAAAGAGCAGAAAUUAGUGUUCAAUUAUGAUUACUAAGUACUAUUAUUAUUAUUAUUAUUAUUAUUCUUAUUCUUAUAAUAAUCACCAUUGUCAUUGUCAUCAUCAUCAUUAAUUAUAAUGGGCAGUGGAUUGGACGGAAGUAGGAGAAAAAUACCUUGGAGGUAUUUUAUAUUUGCUUUACGUUCUGAGUUCAAAUCCUGCCAAGGUCGGCUUUAGCCCUUCAUCCUUACGAGGUCGAUAAAAUAAAGUACCAGUGAAGUACUGGGUGGGGGAGUAGGAUGUAGAGUAGGGCUAUUCUCCCCCCCCUCCAAAUCAGAUGUUGUGGCCUUGUGCCUGUGACAGAAAUCAUAAAAAAUUUUUUUAUUUUAAUUAUUCAUAUAUAUAUAAAAAAAAUUCAUUAUUUCUAU